GGUUUGAAUUAUUGAUUAAAAAGGUUGGUUCUUACCUGGAGCAUUUAGAAUUAUUUAUUACAGGCGCUUCUGGUGGAGUUUAUGAAAGUGUUAUAAUUAAUUGCGAUCAAAUUAAAUUCCUUUGCUUGGCUAAUCUUUAUCAUGAUGACAAUUCUCAAUUAUACGGAAUGAUUACUCGUAAUAACAAACGUCUAAAAUAUCUUACAAUUUCAUCUUUCAUGA